AUGACUUGGGUGCACCAUGGGGAACUUGUUCCCGUGUUUGAACCUCACAUACCGAAUUCAGGUCACCAUGACAUAUAUAGUGAAACUGUAGGGGAAGAUCAAGAUGACGGGGAUGAUUUGCCGACUAUGUUGGAAGAGGUUUGUAGGGGUUUUGCAAUGGAUGAUGAAGGGGAUGAAUUACCUACUACUUUUGAGAGUGUGGAUGGGCGAAACUUUGAUAAGUUAUUUGAAGAUGCUCAACGUAAACUAUACCCGAAAUGCACAAGGUUCACAGUGUUGUCAUUUAUUAUUAAGAUGCUUCACAUUAAGGUGUACAACAAGUGGAGCAAUAAGUCAUUUGAUAUGGUUAUGAAAGUUUUCAAGGACACUCUACCUGCGUGUGAUGAGACUGUUCCAUGGACCAUUUAUGGUGCGAAAAGAUUCUUACGUGACUUGGGUUUGGGCUACGUUCCCAUUCAUGCUUGUAGGUAUGAUUGUGCACUAUUUUGGAAGGAGCAUGCACAUCUUCAUAAUUGCCCCAAGUGUGAAGAGCCUAGAUACAAGUUGGACAACGGAAAGGGUAAGAAGAUCCCUCACAAGAUUUUGAGGUACUUUCCAUUGACACCAAGAUUGAAGAGAUUGUAUAUGUCCAAGAAGACCGCUACAGAUAUGAGAUGGCACAAGGAGAAACGUGUGGAUGAUGGAAUCUUGAGGCAUCCAGCUGAUGCUGAGGCAUGGAAAGACUUUGAUCGGCAACAUCCUAUGUUCGCCAUGGAUCCACGAAAUGUAAGGCUAGGGCUCGCCACCGAUGGUUUCAAUCCAUUCGGAAAUAUGAGCACAUCAUACAGUAUGUGGCCCGUUAUCCUAAUGCCUUACAACCUCCCACCAUGGAAGUGUAUGAAAGAGCCUUUCUCCAUGAUGUCAUUGCUUAUUCCUAGACGAUCGGCUCCUGGAAGAGAUAUCGAUGUUUACUUACGGCCAUUGAUUGAGGAGUUGAAGGAGUUAUGGGGGGAUGGGGUGCGAACUUAUGAUGCGAAAAACGAAGAGUCAUUUAGAAUGCAUGCUGCACUGAUGUGGACCAUCAACGACUUCCCUGCAUAUGGUAACAUGUCCGGGUGGACUACUAAAGGUUAUUUGGCUUGUCCCACUUGUAAUGAGGACGCAUCAUCACAAAGGUUAACAAGUAAGAUAGGGUACAUAGGUGCUCGUCGUUUCUUGCUCGAGAACCAUAGAUGGCGAAGGAGCAAGUUGUUUAACGGACAAAGUGAGGUUAGGUGCAGACCGUUGGAGUUAUCACGGGAGCAAAUAUUAGACCAAAUUGAGACUGGGACAUACAAGCCAUUUGGAAAACAUCCAAAUAAUAGAAAAAGACAAAGGGACGAAAAUCCAGUGCUGAAUUGGGCAAAGAGAAGCAUUAUGUUUGAAUUGCCUUACUGGAAGACGCUUAAGCUUCGACACAACCUUGAUGUCAUGCACAUAGAGAAGAACAUUUGUGACAAUUUGAUGGGGACAUUAUUAAAUGUGGAUGGGAAGAACAAGGACACAGAAAAAGCACGGAUUGAUUUAGCAAAUUUAAAAAUUCGGAAGGAGUUACACCUACAGAGUCGUGGUGAUGGGUCAUUUGUGAAGCCUCCAGCUGUGUACACAUUAUCCACGAAAGAAAGACAAGGCUUUGGUGCUUUUUGA